GUGUCCGGUGUGGUGAUGAUCGGCGUCGGAUUUGCCUCCAUUGAUGGCAAUACACCGGUUGCUGAGUUGUUUGACCAGUUGUCCAGUAGUGAUGGUUUGCUGGUCCUGCAGGUGUUCGGUCCAGUCACUGUGGUUUUAUCUGUUCUGGGUAUUUGUGCAGCAACAUUGGACCUCAAACCUCUUCUAUUGGUGUUUUCUGCUCUGAUAUUUGUGGAGUUUGUGGCUAUGAUGGUUGUUGCCUCCCCGCUGGUCCAAGUUCAAACUCAGAUGGACAGUGCGGUGGAGGAAGUGUUUUUCAAUGCGACUCCCCUGCAUAGAGUGGAUCUUUACAUCCAGGGUGAACUAAACAAACUGCAGGCCUCGGACUCCUGUUGUGGUUUGAGAAGUUAUGAAGACUGGGAGAGUCAAAUACCUCUCUCCUGUGUUUGCAAACCCACUGUUCCCCCUCCUGCCUCUGACACACAGCCGAGCUCUCAGCAGGUUAACUCUGAUGCAGAAGGGUCCUGUGUGAAGGUGGACAGAGACCAACAUACUGCACAGGUGACAGAAAAGCUUUUGGUUCACUCCCAGCCCUGUGGUCCCAUCCUGAAGAGCUACAUGAACUUUCCCAUCAGACUCAGGAUAGGAAUCAUUUCAGCCUUCUCCACCAUUACGAUGGCAGCCAUCGCUCUGUGUCUCGCUUUGGGCCUGGAGGAAUACUGGAAGAAGCCUCCCGUUGAAACUACAGUUGUAGACUUUGACAGAGUAAAGUACCAACCCAAGCCUUCUCCAACAUGACCUCUGACCUCUGACCUCUUAUCCCUGCCCAGCAAUUCAGCGUCCAUUUAUACUACCGGUGAAGAUAGCACAAGUUUAACAAAGGUCCAAUCUUGGGCAUAUAAAUGUUUUUUUAUACUGAAUAUUUAUAAUUGACAGAAUGAAUGAACUCUAAUAGGACUAUGUUAUUUUGUGUAAUGGUACACCAAAGUAAUAUCUUCCUCAUGACAUCAAUAAUGUACCUUUGUUAAUGAUCCCUAACCACUUCCUGUUUGUGUGCUUAACUUCCUUUCCUAACCUUCCAUCUACCAGAAGGGCCUUACUUAAUUUCAAAAUAAAAGUAUACAGCAAGUAAAGUACUCUCAGCUUAAGACAGGACAAAGAUUCAAAAUAAAGCCUGACAAUUUUUAUUUUUAAAUUCAAAAUAAUGGAAUUUCAAAAGUGUGAUUAAAAAUUUGAUUAAUUUGAAUUAACUGUUGAAAUUCAGUGAUUAAUUACGAUUAAAAUGUUGUUAAUUUGACAGCCCUUAAAUUCAAGUUUGAAAAUCAGCUCAUUUGACUCCUGUAGCAACCAAAAGACUCCACCCAAUGAGCUCCCGUGUUGUUACUAAGAUCGGCUGUUAAAUAUUUAUAUAAAGAGAAAUUACUGCUGUUUGAUUUUUGGUGUGAUGUUUGAUUUUUUUGCUUUGAAUAGCAUGCAGCUAAUAAAGUGUAUUUUAUGAGUGA